ACGAUCCAAUGCCUGAUGACCCAGUGCCCACUGUGAUGCCUGGUGACCCAAUGCCCGCUGUCGUGCCUGAUGACCUGGUGCCCGCGGUCGAGCAAGACGAUCCAAUGUCUGAUGACCCGGUGCCCGCUGUUGUACCUGGUGACCUGAUGCCCGCUGUCGAGCCAGAUGGCCCGGUGCCUGCCGCCCUGCCUGGUGGCCCGGUGCCUGCCGCUCCGCCUGGGGGCCCGGUGCUUGCUGCUCUGCCUGGUGGCCCGGUGCCCGCCACCCUGCCUGGAGGCCCGCUGCUCCGCCUGGUGGCCCGGUGCCCGCCGCCCUGCCUGGUUGGCCCG